AGGUUUACAUUGGGUGGGGGGUGGGGGGGGGGCUAUGCUGCUCAUGUCGAGACUUCUUUUUGUUUGUUCUGUAACGCGACGUAGGAGUAUAAAACAUUCUUCUGUGGCUGCAUCAUGAAUUUAGCUGAGUAAUUUGAAAUCUUAACAAUCUAACUCCAAAUGUUUUUCACAGUUUUAUGCAGCUUGAUAGCUUAUUCAUAUGCAGGUAAGCAUUAUAAUUUUUUUUUUAUUCUGUGAAGACAAAUUUGGUUUGAAAAACAUAAAAUGAUGAGUCGCGUGAGGAUAGUAGACAUAUAUUUGUGCGCAUUAGUUGACAUCAAGUACUGAUCUUAUAGUAACGGCGCAAAAAAGUCUUAGUACUUGAAGUACGUUGUUUAAAAAAAAAAAUUAAGCUUUGUUUCUAGGUGUAUAUUGUUGGAUACAUUGAUACACUAUUUGUGGAAAUACUUACUUUUGUGCUUGAUCUUGCGUUUUAAAAGUUGACCCGAGUUGACCUAAAUGAAGAAUUACAAUAUCUGUAAUCAAAUGAACGUAUCAAGCACAAAAGUAAGUAAGUAGCAAUAUCUGUAAUAUUUGCUGGAGAAUGCCUGACAGAAUAUAUGUUCUUACUUUUAUUGACUUGUUUAUUUCCAGCACCAAGAACUUGUCAUGGUGACAUAAUGCAGCUGCACCCUACAGGGAAACAUACAGGAGGUGACACGGAUAAUUAAAAUAUAUAAUAUAUAUAUACAACAUUAUAUUGAUUUUCUUGAUUUAUAACAACAUGUUGAUAUUUUGAUUUAUAACAGCAUGUUGAUCUUCUUAAAUUUAGCAACAUGUUGAGCUUUCUGAUUUAAAAAUAACCUGUUGAUCUACCUUGUUUAUAUAUAUAACCAAGGGGACAACAGUGAUAUUAUGAUAUAAUGUUCAUUUUAGUGACAAAUAGAAAUUAUGAUAAAAAUGCCAAAGUGUAACAUGCAUGUCUAGUCUAGUCAGAACUUUAAAGAGAGUGUUAUUGGUGCCCAAGCCUGGAAAAUAACUUAAGGGAGGAGCAUGGAGUUAUAAAGAGGAACACAUUUAGGAUAUACAAAACUAUUGACCCAAUUUUCCAAUGAAAUUAUUAUAAUUGACCCAUUAAUUGCCUGCCCUCGUGCUAAUAACCUAUAUUACUUUACCGUUUGCCAGGCGUCGCUGCUUCAAAUGCUGAAAUACAACACGAUCUCCCAGCGUUAAACAACCAUAAACACUGUUACCAGGCAACUGCUGACACUAACUGUAAGUAAUUAAUUUUGAUUUUAAAUGACAAAAAAAAUGUUUAAAGAAAAAAAAAUCCUUUAAAAAAAGAGUUACUUUAAAGCUAUUUUAAAAAACAACAACAAAAAAGCAGUUAUGUUCUAUGUAUAAAAUGUUUUUAUUAAAUUUGUUGUUUUAAAAAGUUAAUAGUUAAAAAUGAUGAAAUGGACCAAGAGUUGGAAAUAUUUUUUUUUUUAAAGGGUAAGACCCAUGAUGAUGGGACAGAGACAAGACUCUUAUGAGUCCGAAUCUGGUGUAGGAGCGUGAUGAUGAUGAUUGAGUACUUUUAAAGCGCUCGUGUCCAUGCUAUUUUAGCAUGCUCACAGCGCUCCAAUGUCCUAAAAUCUAUUUAAAGGAAAACUUCUUUAAAUGGUUCUUAAAUGACUUUUUAUAAUUUUCCUUGUUCCCCAAAGAUUGAGACAAACUGUUCCACAAUUUAGGUGCAAUAGCCUCAAAAGAGCGCCCCCCUUAUGACUUCUUUCUCUGUGUCCAUCCACAUUUGGGAACUCUCAGUAAGGACUGUGUUGAACAGCGUAGGUUCUGUAUGGAUACAUUUUUAGAAAUAAUUUUUUGAAGAUAACUAACAAGAAGCCAAUGGAGAUCUUUAAGAACUGGGGUUUUCUUUGUACGCGAUACAAUGCGUGCUGCAGUAUUUUGUACCUUCUGGAGUCUCUGAAUUUUGAGGAAAACACCACAGACAACUGUUCUAGUAAUCUAAUCUUGAUUAGAUUAGAGUUACUGCUACGGCAUUGGCUGUUCUCUUAUUGGGUUGAGGACGCAGCUGACCCAGAGCACGAAGAUGACAGAAACAAGUCCUGACCACAGAAUUGAUAUGAGGGAUCAUAGUAAGUUUGCUGUCAGUGUAGAGGCCAAAGUCUCUAACCGUAAAUGCAUGUUUUGUCAAAUUUUCAGCCCCAUCAACCAUGUCUCGAUAUUACAUUUUAUAAAAGAUUUAAGGUGCUGGGUGGCCGAAUGCUCUAAACUGAGCUUGUCUCAAGUUGGUGGUCUGGAGAUCAAUUCCAGCCCAGUCAAGCAAAAACAUCACCAACAGAUGGGACUCGUGAAUCUUGCACUGCAACUCAUCUAAGAGAAGGAAACUCUGAAUUCAAACCUGGAGAUGGAGACCCGUAGGCGGAUAACAUUGGUAUAAUGAAACAUUCCGACAACUCCUGCGACGCCACUGGCGCCAAGAUGUAUCAUCCACAUGAUGCACCCUUGGGUUAUCCAGCGGCGUGGAGAGAGGCGAUUUGCUGUUCGAAACCAGCUUAUAAUCCUAGAAGGCCUUGUGGAUUUUGACCUGCGAAGUCCACACCAUCGUCACACUGUGACGGACGGAUGCUGGCAAAAAACGAAAAACUUUAUUUUUAGGGGUUUGUAAAUUUAUUCACAAUUGUUAAAUUGGUGGUAUAUUAAUUAUCACGCCAAUUGUACUACACAACUUACAAGUAACGGAGAAUUGAUUAUCGCAAACGUGUUAUACAUUUCUCGGUACAGGUAUCCAAGCUUCAGUAAUUGCAGCCAUUGCCAGUAGGGAAUCCAGAGGCGGAAGUCUUCUAGUUAGUACUGGAGGUUACGGUGAUCAUGGAGCAGCCUGGGGUAUUAUGCAGGUGAGGUUGGCUAAACAAACUAAUUAAACAUAAGUUUUGAUUAGUUUGUUAAAAUUAAAAAUAGGCUUUGACUAUCAUGUUCUCAUUGAACAUGACCUUAAAUUGGCUGGUUGAGAUCAAACAUUAUCUCUGAUUAUCUGGCCAAAAACGGUUUCUAUUUACGCUUUCAUGAUAACUUGAGCAAGUCAAUAACUAAAAACUUAAUGAGCAACAAAUGUUAAAGUCUGAAUAUUUAUUUGAAAUGUGUUAGUGUGACAUCACUCACUCCGGUCUGCCUUGUAAGUCCGUGCCUUGGGACAGCUGCGCUCAUAUUGAGAUGAUGGUUCACCGACUCCUGGUACCCUACAUCAACCAGGUUAGUUAACAACAAGUAGUAAAGCAUAACAGGUAUUUUUAACUUUAAAAAUAGUUUAGCUUUCCGAAGAUUUUGCAGCCACAAAACGAAGUUAAUAUAAAUAAUUUACAACUUCGUUCGAUGUGUCUAUACUAAAAUCACAAGAUGCCCUCAUUGUUUCUUCUAGACAAAAUUGUUCCAGUGGGCCCAUUGUGGUCAUUUCAAUUGUUAGGAUGGGCAGUGCUUUUUGUGUAGGAAGGGUGGAUAGUGGGGGCGGUCCGCCCCCGGGGACAUGUCUUUGAAUUUAUAGAGGGGAGACAUUUUAGCCAAAAGUCUUAGCCAGUCUAGAGCGGAAAUUUCUAAGUUAGUAUUACCAUUUUACAAUAUUCUGUUUUGGCCGGGGGCACUAAAUUCAUUUUUAGCUUAUAAGAGCUAUACAAAUAUAAUUUCCGUAUGCGUCCCAGUACCACAAAACUUUGAUGAGUGUUGAGCGCACGCUCGCCAAGGUUUCUGAAUUAGUACAACCACUUUACUAUAUGCCGUUUGGGGCAGGGGGUCCUAAAUUCGUUUUUCUAAUAUGAGCUAUAUAAAUAUAAUUUCAAACAGAGUUACUGCAUUGGUGGAUGAUAUUUUAAUUAAAAACAAAUACCGAAAUAACAGUUUGUGUGUGACAUAAUAAGUAGGUUUCUGAAUUUAGUACAACCAUUUUAAAAUAUUCCAUUUGGGGCUGGGGCCCUAAAUUAGUCUUUUAAAAAUUAUAUGAGCUGUAUAAAAAGUAAUUUCAAACACAGCUGCUGCAUGGGUGGAUCAAUCGUUACAAGUUUGUGGUCUGACUUUUAUAAAAUCCUUGUUUCUCACAUGGACAGCUGUAUGUGGCCUGCUCACGUGGACAGCUGUGUGUGGCCUGCUCACGUGGACAGCUGUGCGUGGCCUGCUCACGUGGACACCUGUGCGUGGCCUGCUCACGUGGACACCUGUGCGUGGCCUGCUCACGUGGACACCUGUGCGUGGCCUGCUCAUGUGAACAGCUGUGCGUGGCCUGCUCACGUGGACAGCUGUGCGUCGCCUGCUCACGUCUGUGCGUGGCCUGCUCACGUGGACACCUGUUCGUGGCCUGCUCACGUGGACAGCUGUGCGUGGCCUGCUCAUGUGGACAGCUGUGCGUGGCCUGCUCACGUGGACAGCUGUGCGUGGCCUGCUCACGUGGACUGCUGUGCGUGGCCUGCUCACGUGGCCAGCUGUGCGUGGCCUGCUCACGUGGCCAGCUGUAGGUGACCUGCUCACGUGGCCAGCUGUAGGUGACCUGCUCACGUGGCCAGCUGUAGGUUGCCUGCUCACGUGGACAGCUGUAGGUGACCUGCUCGCGUUGACAGCUGUAGUUGGCCUGCUCACGUGGACAGCUGUAUGUGGCCUGCUCACGUGGACAGCUGUGUGUGGCCUGCUCACGUGGACAGCUGUGUGUGGCCUGCUCACAUGGACAGCUGUGUGUGGCUUGCUCACAUGGACAGCUGUAUGUUGCCUGCUCACAGAUAGAAAAACCUUCUAAUUUAUUCGUAUACGCACCAUACAGAAAAACAAUAAAACAUUGUCAAUAUGAAAAGUUCUUCAAAAACAUUAUUCAAACGCAAUUCCUUUCUUUCUUAAGUGGCGUUGCAAAUCAUGCGGGUUCCCGCUAGUUUAAAAAUAAUAAAAUAAAAAUGUUAAUUUUUUAACAUUAUUUUUCAACAUAAUAUUUUGUAUUUAUUUUUUAUCCCUUUUUCUCCGGAGUGGGUGAGGACGUUCUCCGUAGUGGGGUAGUUGACUUUAUCCGGAGUGGGGUAGUUGACUUUAUCCGGAGUGGGGCAGUUGACUUUCUCCGGAGUGGGGGGCGUUGACUUGCAGAUCCCACCAUACCGGUGAGAUGUCUCAAUGAAACACUGUAAGCAAUCAAUCUAUAAGAAGUACACAUGUAUGUGAACAACCGGAAGUAGUGUUGCGGCUUAACCUUGAAGCUGGGUGCAGCCUAUUUUUGUAAAAGAAUACGGUAUAUAUUUAGAAGCUAAUUCUGUAUCUAGAUUUGUGUAAAAUAUUCGAAUUGUCAAACAUACAGAGCGUGUCAAUAUCUUAUAGAUUUAUUCUAAUUCACUAAUUUAUUAAAAGAGUUAUACAAAAUUAAAUGACAAUUUAUUAGUUUUUUUUUAAAUAUAAUUUAUAUUUUAUUAUAGUACCCAUUUUUCUCCGACUUGACUCCCCCACUCCCAAGUGAAGCUUGAAAGAAACAAUGGGCGCCCUUCUAAACAUUAAAACAAAACAACAACUGAUUCACUGCCUUAGAAAGUUUCAUUCCAAUUGGCCAAGAAAAUAGCGUAAACUUUCUGAAAACUCUAUUUACCCAUACAAAAAUACCAUAUUUUAAGUUAUUUAUUAGUUUAAUAUGCCUACUUAAAUAAUAGUCUGUUGCCUACUUGAAAGUUAGUUUCAAAUUGCGAUGUCCCAUUAAACACUUUGGUAAUUUUCUCAGGUACAUGCUAAACAUCCCAGCUGGACCCAACAUCAAGCACUUCAAGGUAUUAUACGUUAUAGUAUUUAUUACAAAAUAUACCAUAUCAAAUACUAUUGCAAGAUUAAGAGGAUCCUGUUUUUAAAGACCGUUAAGUUUAAGCUAUCGAUGCAACUUCUUUUCGCUUAUGAUUUAGAAUGACAUGACUAUCGGCUAGAAUUAUAACAUUAUCAAUGUCCACGACCAGGUGCUGUUGCUGCCUACAACUCCGGUGUAAGCAACGUUCAGACUUGGGGUGGCCUUGACAUCGGAACCACCGGCAAUGACUACAGCAAUGACGUCAUCGCCAGAGCUAAGUGGCUUCACGGUCAAGGCUGGAACUAAACUCUCUUCUUGAAAAAGAAUUGAAAAAUUACAUAAAACCAUUUUUAAUAAAAUUAAAAUGAACUGAAGAUAGUUUUUAAAAUAUGUAAAUUAACGCUAGAAUGGAUUUCCUGGCGGGGUCAUAAAGGGUUAUGAAGCGAACAAUAAAAUUUUUGACCUGGCGAAAGAGUCGUAACUCGGUUAAAAUCAGCAUUACUUUUGCUCCUGAGUUAAAGAACUUUACAGAACUUGGUUUUUUCAACAUCGAUUUGUCUUAACAUACUUUUAUUUUAAGGCAACGAAAAAAUGAGAGCCGUUGUUCAUCCGUCAUAGGUUGAAAGCUUGGGCUGUGAUACCGCAUCGUAUCAGAUUCAAUACAACUUACAAUACCAAACAUAAUUAAACGAACCCUC